CGCGCGCACUCGGAUCUCGAAGUAGUGUGUUUAUAUACAAUUUUCAACACGGUUCUGGUCAAUACAAUGCGUAUACUAGGCCUUAGCGGUCGAAAGUGACAGCUCGCAGACCAGUCGGCCACUCUUACUCUUGCUCUGCUGCAUACGUCGGUGCACCAUCAGCUUGCAUUAUAACCGUAUAUUUGCAUCCGUGUCUGAUACGUGAGUUUUUUUUGCUCAUUUUUUGUAUUGCAUGAAAACAUUUGCGUGAGCAUACAAUAACAACAGAAUGUUUGACGAACCAGAAAUACUUAUACCUCUAGAUGCGUGUGAUGAACUCUGGAGAAUCAAAGCUUUCCUCGACAAAGAAAAAUGUGUUUGGAUACGUAAAUAUGGGCAGUUCUUAAAGGCAAUCGAGUGUCCUUCAAAUUCGAAAUAUCCACAUUCGAGUAUUCGGCAUACAGAGGCCGAUCGCUCGCCGCUUGACAGCUCGACAGCUACCUACAAACGACUCGGCGUUCGCUACGACCUUGGUACUCAACCAUGACUACUGCUGAUUUGAAAAACUGGCCUAUCUUUAAUCUGUUGGAGCCGAAGUUCGUUGCCAAAAUACACAUGGUCGUUGUUUAUGGUAAUUUAGGAAAUGAAGCUCUAAUUGUCACGAAGGAUGAUGAAGUGUAUGCUUUAGGAAGCAACACAGCAGGAUGCUUAGGUACUGGAGAUUCUCAAAGCACGCUUUCCCCUAGAAAAAUUGAUAUUCUUUGCGGAAAAGGUGUUCAAACUUUUGCUUAUGGGAGUGGACCUCAUGUUCUUGCUUUAACAAAGAAAGGAGAGAUAUACUCUUGGGGCCACAAUGGAUACUGUGAAUUAGGGAAUGGUUCUUCAAAUCAAGGAUUGACACCAACGCUAUGCCUUAAUCUGAAUGAUAAAAUUGUAACAUCAAUUGCUUGCGGGAGUCAUCAUUCAGUAGCUAUUACUGAUGAAGGAGAAGUGUAUUCGUGGGGUCAAAAUAAUUGUGGACAAGUUAGUAGUGGAAUUAGUUCAAAUCAAGCUGCACCACGUAAAGUAAAUUCAGCUUUAAGUGGUAAAGUAGUUGUGUCAGUUGCAUGUGGACAAACAUCCACUAUAGCUGUGACUGAUAUUGGAGAAGUAUACGGAUGGGGUUACAAUGGUGUGGGACAGCUCGGGAUUGGCAGUUACGUUAACCAAUUAAGUCCUUGCAAAGUUACUGGAUUAACUGGAGUUGUGAUAGAAAAAAUUGCUUGUGGAUAUGCGCAUACAUUAGCUUUAAGUGAUGAGGGAGUACUGUAUGUUUGGGGAGGUAAUGCUUUUGGCCAACUUGGAUUGGGUAGUAAAGCUAAUGUGUGUUCGCCUACAAAAUUGAGUAUUCCAGAAAUGGGGAGAGUAUCUGAUAUAGCGACCCUACAUUACACCCACAUAAGUGUGGCAAUGUGUCAAGGAGGAAAAAUAUUUAUGUGGGGGCAAUGUCGCGGACAAAGUGUCAUAACUCCAAUGGCAACUCCACUUCCACAUAUGCACGAUGCACUUGCAUGCUAUGGUACUCCCAGUGUUAUGCAUGAACCUCUUAUCUUGGACGAUGAUGAAGAAAUUGGAAUUAUUGAAAGUAUGAGAAACGCAUUUAAUGAUGAGACUACAAGUGACUUAACUAUAAAAGUUCAUGGUAAACCAAUUUAUGUACAUAAAGCUGUACUGAAAAUUCGUUGUCAGUAUUUUAGAUCAAUGUUUCAAGAGCACUGGUCUGAAAAUAACAAAGAUGUCAUUGAACAUGAAACGUUUUCAUAUGAUGUAUAUCAUUCUUUUCUGAAAUUCUUGUAUACAAAUGAAGUUGAUUUACCUCCAGAACAUGCAUUAGAACUCUUGGAUUUGGCAAAUGCAUACUAUGAACAGCAAUUGAAACGUCGUUGCAUUCAAAUGAUAAAACAAGGAAUUACUGUAUCAAAUGUUGCAUUUCUCUACAGUACUGCCAUUGAAUAUAAUGCUAAAGAAUUGGAAGAAUUUUGUUUCAAGUUUGCUCUAAAUCAUAUGACUGCUGUGAUCCAAACUCCAAAUUUUGCCAAAUUAGAUGAAUCAACUGUCAAAACAUUUAUAUUGAAAGCUGCGUAUGCUGGGGCAUUUAAAACGUAGUUACACUCUAAAAAAAAUUAAUUAUUCCAAUUCAUGUAACUAACUGUAUGGACCACCAUUUGUUAAUGAAUUGCAAAGUAACUUUAGAUUUUGAUUAUUUUUUUGUUAUUGAAAAGUAUCGUAUACUACGAUAAAAUGAAAGAAUUCAUGUUAAAGCUAUUCCAAUUUGAUUAUCCGUAAAAAUUAUUGGUGUACAUUAGUGAAAUAUGUAGAAUACUCAGAGAAAUUUAUAGUUACAAAGUUUGUGUAGUGUUCGAUAGAUCCUGCUGUAAAUAAGAUGAAUAUUGAAUUCAAUUGUUAAAUUUUUUAUACUACGAGAAUGAUUAAUAGUGAGAAUACUACUAUAACGAGUAGAGAAUCCACAAAUAUUUUAAUUACUUUUAUAAUUUUGUGUCAUAUCACUUCACGAUGAAUUAAUUUUUGCGAUAUAUUAUUUAUAUCGUUUCUUAUAGUUUUAGUAGUUCUUAUUUUGUAACAUAAUUAGCUUUAUAUUUAUGUGAUGAAAUUAUUGAAAAUAUAAAAAUAUAAAUUCUUACAAAACUCGUAUAUCGAAAAAGACUUAUAAUACUGGAAGCGUUGAAUCCAGUUCUAAAAUACUUGUAUCGUAUUGUUCACAAUGUGGAAGAAUCAUUUUGUGGCAUUCAUGAUAAGAAUAUGGUGAUGGAGUUUCAAGAGGAGAAAGAUUAUAUGUUGAAGUAAGCUAUAGUUUGAUAUGAAACAUUAUUUAAUUAGAAAAAAUGUAAAGUAAUGUCAGUUCAAUAAAUAAAGGGUGUGUUUAACAAUACGUGCAUAAAAAAUAGUUUUUCUAAACUAACAGAGUUAUAAAAAGCACGUUUUACGCACGAAAUGUAAAAAA